UCUGAUAUCUCGCGCUGUGGCCAGCUGUCGCUCUCCGCACAGCUCCACCAUACGCGCGCACGUAACCACAUCCGCACAGAGCGCAUCCUGCAAUCCGUUCCCCAUCCAGCCACCCUUCCACUGGUAGUCAUCAAGGCAGACCCGGUGGAGACGCCGACUUUCAUUCACUCUCCAAACUGGACACAAGAAUCUCGAUCGCUCUAACGCCUCUACCAGCAGCACCAUGGCAACCAAGAGACCAGAGGACAGGAUCUCUUCUUCAGGACCACAGUCAUGUCCCUCUACAGCAGUAAGACCCACAGACACCAGGCAGCCUGGGGCAGAGACACGGGAGACACUGGUGUACAUGCAGUGCUGUGGGCAGGAAGCCCCUAACUUGACAGAGAGGAACAGUCAUAGGAAAAUCAUGGAUAGGAACCAUCAGGGCCCAGUCUUGGUGACCCAGGGGAGGAUUGAGAGGGUCUGGACCCACCCCUUGGCUCCCCAGCAGACUACAACUCCCACAAUACCCUCCUGCCCUGUGUCUGCCCCUUACAGUUUCUGGAGCCCAGGGUCGGUGGAGAUGGAUGAGAUCAUGGCAGCCAUGGUUCUGACCAGUCUGUCCUGCAGCCCUGUGGUCCAGAGCUCUCCUCAGAGUCAGAAUGACUCUCUACCAGGUUCAUCAUCAUGGGGCGGAGACAUGGAGUGUAGGGGCGGAGACAUGGAGUGUAGGGGCGGAGACAUGGAGUGUGGGGGUGGAGACAUGGAGAGUGGGGGCGGGGAGCUUUCGGACAGCGGCAGCAGUGGCUACUGGAGCUGGGACCACGGCAACGUUAGUCCCUCUCCGUCCCCUUCUGUCGCCGAGAUGGACAGCCGCCCAGAUGAAGGACUGCAUAUGGAGCUGGGGGGUGAGCUACAUACAGCCGCAAGGUCAAAGAGUUCUUUCAGAGGAACGUACAGAUGUCUGUGGCCUAACUGUGGCAAGGUGCUCACGUCUUCAGUUGGGAUGAAGAGACAUGUCCGUGUGAUGCACCUGGGCAGUGGAUCGGAGCAGUCCCCAAGAGAGGAGGACUUCUACUACACAAAGAUUUCCUGCGAAGCUCCCCCAGACCCCUCUCCCGUCCGCCCUCUUCUCCCAGACCCCUCUCCCGUCUCCUCUCUUCCCCCAGCCACCCUCCCGGCUUCGUCCCCUCACGUCCCCUGGGCAUCCUGUGGCUCCCCUCUAAGCCCUGAUCCAGAUUCCGGACUCCAGAUCACCUCCUCGGGGUCAGGGAGCUCCAGGCCCAGCUCAGGUCCAGAGUCAGCCCCAUACCAGCGCAGACCUCUCAGCCAGUCUGCCCCUAGCUCCUCCUGGCAGAUACAGACAGACCAUCUCUAUCAGGCCUGCACUCCCCUCCAGGUGACCAUGUCCUCCUGCAGCCCCACCCCCUGUUGUUGGACCCCUCCUCCUCUCACCGUCUCUAACCAACACAGCCAUCACAACACCCAGGUGGUGACAGGUCGCUGCAGGUCUGUGAGUGUGGGAGAGCAGUGGCUUCAACAGAACAGCGCCACCAACAGGCUAACCAUCUUGAGAGCAGCCUCCCCGUCGGGCUCUCACUGCUCCUUCAGGAAGGGACGAGGGGAGGCUAAGAAGUGUCGUAAGGUUUACGGAGUGGAGCACAAGGAGCAGUGGUGCACGGCCUGUCGCUGGAAGAAAGCCUGCCAGCGCUUCACAGACUAAACGAAUGUGUGAACGAAGGAUGAUGAAAGAAAGAGACUGAAAAAGAGAGGACACGAUCAGGACCAGGGCCUGUAAAGCCAUCAACAACAACUUCCUUUUUUCUACCUUGUUUAUUUUCCCCUCGAGGAAUAAAGUUCUGUUUUUUUAUACGUUAACCUGAGAAGUACGUCAGUGUGCGAUGGUGGUGCUAGUAGCUAGUAGGUUAGACUGUGUUAUGUGGUAGGCCUACCAAUGCUCUUCCGUCCCAGACCUGUUUGUGCUGUGUAGCAUGGCAACAACCAUAGGAGUUAGCUAUACACAGGGAUGGGCACUGGCUAGUUGCCCUGGGUAACAUUUGGGUCCAAAGUAUGCACCAUACAAUGUUUCUAAGAACAAACUUUGACUGGCCUGGUGUGAUCUGAAUAGUACUAGCAGGCUAGCUUCAUAUCCUACUAGACUGGUCUGUACGGUACUAUCAGGCUAUCUUCAUAUCCUACUAACCUGGUCUGUAUGGUAUUAGCGGACUAGCUUCAUAUCCUACUAGCCUGGUCUGUACGGUACUAUCGGGCUCGCUUCAUAUCCUACUAGUAUGGUCUGUAUGGUAUUAGCGGACUAGCUUCAUAUCCUACUAACCUGGUCUGUACGGUACUAUCGGGCUCGCUUCAUAUCCUACUAGCCAGGUCUGAACGAUACUCGCGGGCUAUCUUCAUAUCCUACUAGCCUGGUCUGAACGGUACUAGCUUGCUCGCUUCAUAUCCUGCUAGCCUGGUCUGAACGGUACUAUCGGGCUAGCUUCAUAUCCUACUAGCCUGGUCUGAACGGUACUAUCGGGCUAGCUUCAUAUCCAUCCCUAGUUGAACUCUUGAACAAGACACUUAACUCUUAACUGCUCUCCAUCCAGGAUUCUUCUUCUUCUAUACAGCAAACCGAUCUGUCCCCAGGUUCCACUGAGAGCAUUUCUCCUCACCUUCCACUGAGAGCAUUUCUCCUCACCUUCCACUGAGAGCAUUUCUCCUCACCUUCCACUGAGAGCAUUUCUCCUCACCUUCCACUGAGAGCAUUUCUCCUCACCUUCCACUGAGAGCAUUUCUCCUCACCUUCCACCGAGAGCAUUUCUCCUCACCUUCCACUGAGAGCAUUUCUCCUCACCUUCCACUGAGAGCAUUUCUCCUCACCUUCCACUGAGAGCAUUUCUCCACACCUUCCACCGAGAGCAUUUCUCCUCACCUUCCACUGAGAGCAUUUCUCCUCACCUUCCACUGAGAGCAUUUCUCCUCACCUUCCACUGAGAGCAUUUCUCCUCACCUUCCACUGAGAGCAUUUCUCCUCACCUUCCACUGAGAGCAUUUCUCCUCACCUUCCACUGAGAGCAUUUCUCCUCACCUUCCACUGAGAGCAUUUCUCCUCACCUUCCACUGAGAGCAUUUCUCCUCACCUUCCACUGAGAGCAUUUCUCCACACCUUCCACUGAGAGCAUUUCUCCUCACCUUCCACUGAGAGCAUUUCUCCUCACCUUCCACCGAGAGCAUUUCUCCACACCUUCCACUGAGAGCAUUUCUCCUCACCUUCCACUGAGAGCAUUUCUCCACACCUUCCACUGAGAGCAUUUCUCCUCACCUUCCACUGAGAGCAUUUCUCCUCACCUUCCACCGAGAGCAUUUCUCCUCACCUUCCACUGAGAGCAUUUCUCCGGUUACUUCUACAUGGUGUGCUAUCUAUGAGUUCUUCCUUUGGACUAUUUUGUGUUUGUGUCUCUUUUUAAAUGAUUGUCUUUCUGUCCCGCCUGAGAGGUAGGCAGAGGUUUAUGUUAUAUUUUGGCACAUUUUAUGGAAAUGUAUUUUACAAGGAUAAUGAUAAAUAAGCUACAUUUGGUUUGACUCGAUGUGGUUUUUAAUCGAGUCAGUUCCUUCCAUAACAGUGUUUUACUCUUCCCCGUCUUGGUUGGCAUUGUUAUGGUUCUGUCUGUAUAAGCUUCUGGACAGUAUUGGGGUCAUUUCAAUUCAGGAAUUUAAACUGAAAUUACAAUUUAAAAAAAAAUUGUGUUCUCAAUGAUUUCUCAAUAAAUGGAAGAGGAGAAGCGAAUUAUUUCAAAA